AGUCAGCUCUCGGUCUCGAUCGCUUCUCCGUCGAUGGGGACAGCACCUAAUUAAAUCCCCAGCCCGGUUGCGAUCGCCCAAACUUGGACAAUUAGUAGUGAGUUGUUUUAGUGUUUGUGGUUUCCGUUCGAGUUCGAGAAAAGUGUGCGCGCAACUAUGGACCACCGGCCGGUGUGGAUUUUCCUCUUGCUGUCAGUGUCAGUGAUGAGUUAUACGGGGGCCACCGGAGGGGUCUGCCCUACGCCCUGCACGUGCAAGUGGAAAGGCGGCAAAAGGACAGUGGAGUGCAACGAGCGCGGACUAAUAACGAUUCCCGAGAGCGUUGAUCCUGAGACACAAGUCCUGGACUUGUCGGGCAAUAAUUUGCAGAUCCUCCCCCGGGAGACCUUCAACCGAUCGGGCCUAAUCAACCUCCAGCGGGUGUACCUAAGAAGUUGCCGGAUAGGUCAAAUAGACGAUCUGGCUUUCCGGGGCUUAUUGAACCUCAUCGAAUUGGACCUUUCACAUAAUUUAUUAACCUCUGUCCCGUCAGGCACUUUCCAGGACAUCCCCUUUCUUCGCGACUUAAUUCUCUCUAAUAACCCCAUCCAGAAAAUUGAUAGCUACGCGUUCCAGGCCAUCCACGGCUUAGUCAAAUUGGAUCUGUCAAACUGCGAGAUCCAAAUGGUGGCGCCCAAAGCUUUCGAGGGAAUUGAAAUGUUGGAGUCGCUUAAGCUAAACGGCAAUCGCCUAUCCGAGUUAAGACUUCGCACCGUGGAAACCUUAAGCCGAUUGCAUGGCGUCGAAAUGCACGAUAAUCCGUGGCAUUGUGACUGCCGGCUGCGUUCCGUGAAGGAGUGGCUGGUGAAGAACAACAUCCCCUAUCCCGAAGCGCCGACCUGCAGCGGGGGCCCCGAACGCGUCAUCCACAAGACGUUCGCGGAACUGCACGUCGACGAUUUCGCCUGCAAGCCGGAAAUUCUCCCCGUUAGUCGUUAUAUCGAAGCAAUAUCCGGAGAUAACGCAACUAUCGCAUGCAGGGCCAACGCCGUGCCUGCUGCUCAAAUAAAGUGGUAUUGGAGCGGAAAGCUGCUUGUAAAUAAUUCAGCGUUCUCGUCGCACCAGAAGAUCCACAUUUACGAGGAGGGCAAACAGGAAAAAAGGAGCAAUCUCGUACUCACGAAUGUACAGGAAGUGGAUUCCAGCGAGUUUUACUGCGUCGCGGAGAACCGCGCCGGAAAUUCGGAGGCGAACUUCACACUUCGAGUGUCGAUGAGGCCCAUGGGGAUCACGUCGCUGGGGAACGGUCAGAUAGCCGGCUUAAGCGCCGCCCUUGUAAUCCUCAUUUUGUUUAUUUUAAUCAUCAUCUCCGUGCUGCUGACUCGACUCAGAAGGAUGCCGUUCACGGAGAGCAAAAUCCCGGGACAGAUAGAGGUGGUGACAGUCGUGAACGGCUCAACUCUGGCCAACGGGAAGUCCACCAUAUCCCCAAUAAAUCCUCCAGAGGAAACGUCUUCGUUUUCGGAACGAAAACAUCCAACGGAACUGAACUUCUGCAACCCCGUGCAAAAACCACCUCGCCUGAACGAGAUACCCUACUCCACAGCCCACUACAACGGAAGUGGGAGUAUCAUGUCCGGUUCCUGCUUCGUAUCUCCUUCUUCCAACUCGGGCAAUAAUCCAGACCUAAUAAAUGACACCAAAGUUCUGGAAGGUGGCGAAGUGAUAGCCGUCCCCACUGGAGCUGACGAUCAUUUCGAGCGGCCAGCUAGCGGCGAAUACAGCAGGAAUGCGGACUCGCUGUAUCCCUCGAGUCUGUGGGAGAACGACGCCGAGCCGUAUAACACUCACUCAGUCACCAACGGCUCCGGUUUUCUUUACAACGACAAGACCCCCAUAAUGGGCGAUGGGACUAGCACAGGUGGAUCGAUAGAGGAACUCAACUUCCGGAUGGCCCAGGGAACUAAUCGGGUCGUGGGAUAUCCCUCGGACUACGGUCUUCCCAUUGCGGAACCAAACGCGGAGACCGCGUCGGCCACCCAAGUAAACCUUCCAGCGACCGCCAAAACGCUAAGGGUGUGGCAGAAGGGAGCCGUGCCCGUCCUGCCCCCGGUCACCGCCUUGAAAAGGGCGCUAAGUCACAACAGGAGCUCUCCCGACGAGGGCUACCAGGAGGGAUGCGGCACCGACGUCUAAGGGUCCUUGGCUGGCUCAUCAUACCAAAGACUAAUAUUACGUUCCUAACUGAUUUUUGAAACGAACCGACUGGUGGGACUGCUCCUAGUUGCUCAAUCCGGCGACUGCUCAGUGCUGUGAAGUUUUUCAGAAUGGAAAGUGUACAUAAUUUUGUAUUCCCUGUGUGAUAUUUGACUUCAAAGUCAAGCUGUAUGUAAAUAUUGUGAAUAUUGUAGAUAUCAAUAAAUAUUUGUUUUAAUAGGAAACAAAUUUUUGGAGUAUACAUGGUCAAAAGACUGAAUUUAUAUAAUUAUACAUAUUACCUAGAGAUAAAAUAAUAAGAACGUGUGUUACGGGUACGUAUUGGAGAAUCAUAGUUUCACACCUUUUGCUUUUUAUGUUUUCAAAUUUCUUUGCAGCUAGAAAUCUACAACUGUUCGUUAUUUAGUCCACUGAUUCUGCACUUUAUACUUUCUACUAAUUUCCCGUACAUUACUCAGCUUGUACCCGCUUCAGACGUAGCAAUUUAUUGUGUAUACAUGUAUAAAACAAUAAAUUAACUCUAAGAUACCUAUUUAUUUUUAUAUUUAUUAUUAUAAUUAAAAAAAAACUGUGUAUUAAAGUACAGGUACUAAGUAACUGUUAAUAGAAUAACGUGUUCAGUUGUCAACGGCAGUAUAAAUGUUAUAAAAUUAUACACUAUUAUAGUGUCGUGUACUAAAUAUAAACCUACAGUAAUAAUAAUAAUUAAUAAUAAUAAUUCAGUAUUCUUAAUGUUACCAAGAUGUAUAUAAAUGUGAAAA